AGAAUCAGUAGCUGGAAAAGCAGAGAGUCAGAAAACAAUUCCUGCCAACCUGCCAGGGCACACAUGAAUUGUCCGAACUUCACCUGUAACUUAAACAACCUUUGACAGCCUUGGAGGCGGCGGGGGUGGAGCAGCAAGUCGACAGUCCUGCUGCCACGCACUUACCGUUCUCGAUGAAGAAACGAGGAGAAUAACAAUCUACCUUCAGUGAAGAAAGCGGGCGGGGAGCCGUGCGGAGUUGGGAUGGCCAAAUACCGGAAUAUAGAGGGAGACUGAGAGGAGAGGCUGAAGAGACGAAGACGGUGCAUUCCUGGUUGGAGCUGAGGGGGGGGAACGUGGUUGCCCUGGGGCAAGAGAAAGAUUUUUGUUGACAGAAACAGAGGGAGAGAGGAAAGGGGAAAGGAUGCAUCUGUUCUUCCAAGACAAAUGGGAGGUGGAGGGGCUGCAGACUGUGGGCAUCCUCCUGGUGGUCUGCAGCUCCCUCAAACUGAUGCACUUUCUGGGGCUUAUCGACCUUUCCACGGCAGACAGCGUGGAAGAUGACUUUGAGCUAUCCACUGUGUGUCAUCGCCCUGAAAGCAUGGACAAGCUGCAGGAGCAGACUAAGUUCACCAAGAAGGAGCUGCAAGUCCUCUACAGGGGCUUCAAAAAUGAGUGUCCAAGUGGUGUGGUGAAUGAGGAGAACUUUAAGACCAUUUACUCCCAGUUCUUUCCGCAGGGAGAUUCGAGUAUGUAUGCACACUUCCUGUUUGAAGCUUUCGACACUAACAAGAACGGCUCAGUUAGUUUUGAGGACUUUGUAUUUGGCCUAUCUAUCAUCCUGAGAGGGACCAUUAAUGACCGGUUAAACUGGGCGUUUAACCUCUAUGACUUGAACAAGGACGGCUGCAUCACCAAAGAGGAGAUGUUGGACAUCAUGAAGUCAAUCUAUGACAUGAUGGGGAAGUACACAUACCCCACUAUGCAGGACGAUGCUCCAAGAGAACAUGUGGAGAGCUUCUUCCAGAAAAUGGACCGGAAUAAAGAUGGGGUGGUCACCGUAGAGGAGUUCAUCGAGUCAUGCAAAAAGGAUGAAAACAUCAUGCAGUCCAUGCAGCUGUUUGACAACGUCAUCUAAGAAUCUGGACCAGAAAGUAUGCUGGCACCAGGGAGGGGAGUGUGUGUGUAAGAGGAAUUGGGAUUGAAAAGUGAGACAGAGUUUGUGAAUGUGUGUGUGCGUGUGGCCGUCUUCUGACUUGCAAGCUUGUGCUUGUGUGUCUGUUGAGAGCUGUGAUUCCCGAGGGCGCUGAGAGGCCCUCUCCCUCGUCCUGGACACCCAGUGACAUUUCUCCACGCAACAAUGGAGUUGCCCCAACUCUUCAUCAUGCAGAAUCUUAGUUUUACACCAGAGACACAAAGAAAGAAGGCAAGCAGCGGUCUCAUAGGCACUGGCACACACAAGACCCCCCACUUUUUUAUUUGAACUUUAUUUAUUACUAUUACUUAUGGAGGAACUAUGUCAGCCUGUAAUGGCUCAACUCAGAGGAACAAAGCUGUCCCCAAACCUUUGUUUUAAGAUCACUUUUUCCCUUUUCCCUGUGAUGGCUGAGAUUUGGAUUUAUGAAUCUGAUCCUGCCUUUGUGCAUGUGGGUAACACCUCCCUGAAGCCGCAAGACUGCUCAUGCCCCGGCCAUAAAAAUAGAAAUAAGUCUAUCACCAUCUGGUGGACGAGAGAGAGAAAGACACUUCCUGAGGAAACAACUGACAAUUUGGAGUUCCAAAUGAUCAAGUUUUAUGGAGGUUCAAACGUGUUGUUUUCGAUGAGGAGCUGAUUUCAGUAUCGCAUGAUGAUGUCACUAAUAUCCAAUUAUGUAUUUACAGAGAUACUCCAAAGUCUGCUUGUCUGUCUGCUGUUCCUAGUCAUUCACAGGUGCCUCACCCUUUGUGUAUGUGUGUGCAUGUGUAACAUAAAGAGAUGUCAUCCAUCUUACCUAUGUAAGACUGUAAUGGGAUAACACCCACCUCCAUUUAUGGGAUUCUGGUAGAAUAAUUCCCGGCCUUCCAAACUAUCACAGUCCUAGUCGUAGGUGUCUAAUGACUGUUGUACAUUUUCUAGCAUUCCCAGUGGUGUGAUACUAGGCGGUACAACGUGGUGAUGGCACUAUAAUUGACAAGCUGUUUUAACCAUCCCAGCUUCCCUCAACACAGGACUGGCAUACCACAGUCGUACUAGUCUAUCAGUACACAUCCAAGGGGAAUUUAUUAGAUUGCAGAUUGUAUUUGUGAACUUCUUGUAAUCUGAAAUGUCAUGUGGUUGUAGCAGGUUCUACCACUUCAAAAAAAAUAUCUCAAAACCCUUGUUGCAUUCAAUUAGGCUCAUUCAAUUUCAAAGAGGCAUAGUAUGUGUGUGUACUGUUAGUGAGAGAGACAUGGUUCAAUAACAGUUUCUUUCCUCCCCCCUCCCUCCUCCCAGACCUAACCCAGACCAGCCCACCCAUCCCCAUUCCAUAUUCUCCCUCUCUCUGUAACACCAAAGAGAAGAUAUAAAUUAGAGGUAUGUAAAGCCACCCUAAGUUAAGACAAAAAGCCCACCCGUGGGUGAAGAGAGAGGGAGAUGCUGUGUAGUAAGAAAGGCAAGGGGCAAUCAGAGGUAAAAUGGCAAUGUGGUUCACCUGCACACUGUCAGGACCGAAGUGUAGCUAACCCAAAUGUUAGGCUCUGAUGAAUUAAUUCUUUUUAUGAGAAUUUACAACCACUUAUUAAAUUGCUUCUUUUCAAAGUUAACCUACUCUUAAAUAUAAGAUGGUGUAAGUAGAAAAGGCACUCAAGCUGUAAUUAAAUAGGCUGUGGUGUCUUUUAAAUGCAGAAAGACUAACAUGGAAUAGCAAUAAUGUUCUCAAUCACUUAUCAGCACCUUUCCACUUAUCCAACCUCUCAUUCCUCUCAGAGCUCAGUACACUCAGUAAGGGUACACCAAGACCCUGAUGAAAAUAUGCACUUACCCACCCUGCAAUUUGUUUUUUUUCUAUUCUGCAAUUUUUAUUUUCUGUGGGAAAAAAGUGGUUUGGCUCUGAUCGUUCCUUGCCAACAGUCUGUUACUUCCAUUCCUGACCACAAGUAAAACCUGUCUAUACCCGCAUGUACUGUGUCUAGAACAAUGAAAACCUACUAACCCGUUGUACUGACUGUCUAGUUAGCUAGCCUCAACUGGUUGCAUUACAUAUUCAAAAUGUAUAUUUUGUACAGAGACAAUAAA